CUGGGCGUGGGCAAUUCUGUGUGACAAGACAAGAUGUCGCUGGUGAGGCCAGUCCACCGACUUCCACAUCCUUCAGUGGCAUCCCUGUGUCCAGUCUGUGCCCCAAACCUGUGCACACUACAGCUCCCCACAAGCAGAUGUCCUCAAGCACAGACCUGGCCCUGACACCUCCUUGACGGUGGCCCUUCCUGGUGGCCCUCGAGGGGCCUGUCUGUGCUUGCUGUUCUCCACAAGUGCCAGCCUCCCUGUGUGCCCACUCUCUCUGUCCUCAGCAACGGGUGCUCUUCCUGUACCUGGCCCCGGGUUCUUUCAGAGCUUGCCUCCUCUCCUCCAGGAAUCUUCCAUGGGCUCCCAAGUGUUUGCUGCUUCUGUGACGUACAUCUAGAAGCACAGAGUCUGUCCCUCCUGUCAUUAACCAGGCAGUAUCAACAUUUUCCAUUCUUUUUUUUUUAAAUUUUUUUUUAGUUGAACAUGGACACAAUACCUUUGUUUUACGAAUUUAUUUAUUUUAUGCGGUGCUGAGGAUUGAACCCAGUGCCUCACGUAUGCAAGGCAAGUGCUCUGCCACUGAGCCACAGCCCCAGCCCAGUGUUUUCCAUUCUUGUGUCAUUUCCUUCUAUAAGAUUGUCUGUUCUUGAUAGCAGGGACCCUGUCAUGUUUGCCUCUGUAUCCCAGGAACCAGCUUUGCCAGGUACAUAGUAGGUGAACGUAGGUUGGAUGGAUGAAUCCAAGCCCACUCUGGGAACGAGGCUGGCCCUCAUUCCCUUUCUGAACUAAAAGCCGAGCAAGCGUCUGUCUAUGCUGGGAAUUGUGCUUUUGCCGCCACCUGACUUCUAUCUGUUUUAUCACCUCACCCUAUAGAACAGAGGACCUGUUCUUUUGGCACCUGUCACCACCCAGAACAUGUUUGUGAGGAGGUGGCAUUUCGUCUCAUUUUCAGUGACAGAAAGAGGAGGCAGUGGGUGGGAUGUGGUGAGUUCCUGUGGGGAGAGUUGGCAUCGGGAGUAGGUGGUUUAGCAAAGAGGAGGCUCGGAGCAGGUCUUCCCGAUUCACCUCCAGCGUGACUCUGUGCCAGGCGCACCUUGGGGACACGUGACAAGCUAUUUCUAAUAGUAAAGAAAAUUUAAAAUAACUUAUUUCAUCCUUCCAGAAUUGGAAAGGAGGUCAAGAGAAUGUGGGCGCAAGAAGUUUAAAAAUACUCCAGAUGGUUAAUGAGCUGCAAACUAUGAAUCCUUUCCAAAAAAAGGGUGGUUUGAUUUUCAGUAGUUUAAUUGUUUAUAAUUUCUCAUUAAAAAGUUUCCACCCUUUGGUCAGAGAAGUGGGAUGUUACAGUCAACCCAGAGGUUUUACCCUGAGACCCAAUAGGUUCUGAGAGGUGGCUGUGGGUGACUUGUGUUCUCUGGCAUGCGCUGGUCCUCACGUCACUGAAUGGGCCUGUGUGUGUCUUGCUUAUAUAACUCUUCUGAAAGUACCUCUGUUUCAGGAGAGCCAAUUUUCAGCCACGCUUUUUUAAGGAAAAUUUUUGCAGGGUAAAUUAGCCUGGCUGGCUCUAAGUUCUUUAUUCUGGGGUACGUCGGAGUUCAGAAAGAUAUUAAGAAAUGGACGUUCUUGCCUCUCUUCUACUCCUAGUCCACCUGAUCCCCAUGUCAGCAGCUAGGAAUGGAGCGAGCAGCAAGAGUCGAAAGAGAAUCAUGCCCGACCCGGUGACGGAGCCCCCGGUGACAGACCCCGUUUACGAAGCCCUUCUGUACUGCAACAUCCCUCGCGUGGCCGAGCGCAGCAUGGAAGGUCACGCCCCACAUCAUUUCAAGCUGAUCUCCGUGCACGUGCUGAUUCGCCAUGGGGACAGGUACCCACUGUAUGCCAUUCCAAAGACAAAGCGGCCAGAAAUUGACUGCACUCUGAUGGCUAACAGGAAGCCUUACCACCCUAAACUGGAAGCUUUCGUGAAUCACAUGUCCAAAGGAUCAGGAUCCUCUUUCGAAAGCCCCUUGAACUCUAUGCCGCUCUACCCCAACCAUGCCCUGUGUGAGAUGGGGGAGCUCACGCAGACAGGAGUCGUGCAGCAUUUGCAGAAUGGCCAGCUGCUGGGGGACAUCUACCUAAAGAAACACAAACUCCUGCCGAGCGACUGGUCCCCAGACCAGCUUUACUUAGAGACCACGGGGAGGAGCCGCACCCUACAGAGCGGGCUGGCCUUGCUCUAUGGCUUCCUCCCAGAUUUUGACUGGAAGAAGAUCUAUUUCCGGCACCAGCCAAGUGUGCUCUUCUGCUCUGGAAACUGCUAUUGCCCCGUGAGAAACCAGUAUCUGGAAAAGGAGCAGCGUCGCCAGUACCUCCUGCGGUUGAAGAACAGCCAGCUGGAGCAGACCUACGGGGAGAUGGCCAAGAUCGUGAAUGUCCCCACCAAGCUGCUCCGGGCCGCCAACCCCAUCGACUCCAUGCUUUGUCACUUCUGCCACAACGUCAGCUUCCCCUGCACCAGCAGCGGCUGUUUCGACAUGGAGCACUUCAAGGUGAUCAAGAUGCACCAGAUCGAGGACGAGAAAGAGAGGCGCAAGAAGAGACUGUACCUGGGGUACUCGCUGCUGGGCGCCCACCCCAUCCUCAAUCAAACCAUCGAUCGGAUGCAGCGCAUCGCUGAGGGCAGGAAGGAUGAGGUCUUUGCCCUCUACUCUGCCCACGACGUCACUCUAUCACCAGUUCUCAGUGCCUUGGGCCUUUCGGAAGCCAGGUUCCCGAGGUUUGCCGCCAGGCUCAUCUUUGAGCUCUGGCAAGACAGAGAAAAGCCCAGCGAACAUUCUGUGCGGAUUCUCUACAAUGGAGUCGACGUGACAUUCCACACCUUCUUCUGCCAGGACCACCACAAGCGUUCUUCCAAGCCCAUGUGUCCUCUUGAGAACUUGGUCCGCUUUGUCAAAAGGGACAUGUUUGUGACCCUGGACAGCAGUAGUACUAAUUAUCACGAUGCCUGUCACAGGGAAGGAGUCUAAAGAUACAUGGUACAGCCUACAUUGGUACUGAGGGCUGGCAGGGUUCUCUUCUACUUCUGUCUGUUGGUAAAGGUACAAGAAUAUUGAUUUUUAAAGGUGAAAACUUGCGUUUGGGAGCCACAGAGGCGGUCCAGGCUGAACACUAAGCACAUGUUAUAAGUUGGUACGUGAGUUACUCAGUACACAGGAAGAAGGAGGUACUGUUUCAUAGCCAGACCACUCAGAAUGCCAGGUUAAUAGUCACUAUCCAAAGUUGCCAAUUAAAGUUUGUAUUCCUUUGGCCUGCCAUAGAACCAGCAAACCUUAGCCAAAUUUUCUUAAUCUUGGACACUUUUACCUCGUCCUUGUCCAAAGAAAAAUUUCCAGAAGGGAUUUGUCUAAAACAGGGGAUGGCCAAUGUUUUUCCAUAAAAAGGCAGAGAGAGAGGCAGAGAGUAAAUAUUUUACACCAUGCAGAACAAAAGGCAACACACCAUCUCUGUCACUUCUCAACUCUGCCCUAGCAAUGCAGAGCAACCAGAGACAACACAUAAAGAAGUAAAGUGUGGCUGUGGGCACAGGCCCUACAAAACAGGCAGUGGCUCAUGGUGGCUCACAGGGUAUAGUGUGCUGACCCCUGAUUUAAAAUCAGGCUGUACUAUAAUUGCACUCUCAGCACUUUGAGAACCAGCUGAAUACCAAGAAUUAUUCGAAGGUUCCGCCAGUAACUUCUGCUAGAAACACAGAAUCUGGUCUGACACUAUAACAAAACAUCAAAUCCGAACAAACCAUAGAGAAAUGACUAGAAUAAUACUUGAUGUUCAUGAUGAUUGUGGUACAAGAUAGUUUUAAGUAUGUUUGAAAUAUCUGUCUGCUGUAGUCUAUUUGCUGUGUAUGCUGAAAUUUUUGUAUUCCAUUUAGUAUUUUUAUAGUCUGGGAAAAUAUUUUCUAAGACCAGUUUUAGACACGCUCUUAUUCCUAUAGUAAUAUUCAAUUUUCUGUACCUGCUUGGUGGUUGGAAGAAGGCCAGAAGCUGAAUUCAGGCACUUUUUUCCAAAAGACUAAUGACGGCUCAUUCCUUUUGACAAGUCCUAGAAUUGGAUCAAUUUUUAAACCAUUUUCAUCAGUUUCAAAUGGCAAAUUCCGAUUGAUUUUUAAAUACGUUUUUAGAACUUUGUUACUAGAUAAUUAAUCUUUCUAAGGUAUUUUAUAUAUUAGAAGCAAUUAUUAUUAAAUCUGUGAUUUUGAAAUAAUGGUGCUAGUUCUCUUCACAGAAAUGUAAAGUCCAAGUGAGAUCUCCAGUGUCGGUAGAAUUCCAGCCCCUUCUUGAUUUUGUCCAAUGUUGCAUUUGAACACAUCUGUUUCUAUAAAUAAAUUUUUGAAGAAUA